UGUGGUUGGAGGUAUCGGGGUUGCUAGCUUGGUGGAGGGGCGCCGGGUGCGACCCCGACCCCACCUCAGGCACUAGGAAGGUCAUCAAAAUUCUUGAUAUCGAAAAAAGAAAAAAAUUGAAAACAUGUCUAAGAUUGAAAAGAUGAGCAUUAUGGGUGUGAGGAGUUUUGGAAUAGAGGACAAGGAUAAGCAAAUUAUCACUUUCUUCAGUCCUUUAACAAUUUUGGUUGGACCUAAUGGUGCAGGCAAGACGACCAUCAUUGAAUGUCUGAAGUAUGUUUCUACUGGAGAUUUUCCUCCUGGUACCAAAGGACAUACAUUUGUUUAUGAUCCAAAGAUUGCUCAAGAGACAGAUGUUAAAGCUCAGAUUCGUCUACAGUUUCGUGAUGUCAAUGGGGAACUUGUAGCUGUACAGAGGUCAAUGGUGUGUACUCAGAAGAGCAAAAAGACAGAAUUUAAAACCCUGGAAGGAGUCAUUACUAGAACAAAGCAUGGUGAAAAGGUCAGCCUCAGCUCUAAGUGUGCAGAGAUCGACCGAGAGAUGAUCAGUUCCCUAGGUGUUUCCAAAUCUGUGCUCAAUAAUGUCAUUUUUUGCCAUCAAGAAGAUUCCAAUUGGCCUUUAAGUGAAGGGAAAGCCCUGAAACAAAAAUUUGAUGAAAUCUUUUCAGCAACAAGGUAUAUUAAAGCCUUGGAGACACUUCGUUCAGUGCGUCACAACCAGAGCCUUCGGGUAAAGGAAUGUCAAACUGAACUAAAGUACCUGAAACAGAAUAAGGAGAAAGCUUGUGAGAUUCGAGACCAGAUUGUCAGCAAGGAAGCUCAAUUGGCAUCUUCUAAGGAGUUUGUCAAGUCCUAUGAUAAUGAGCUUGGACCGUUGAAGACUCAUCUAAAAGAAAUUGAACAGAAUCUUUCUAAAAUAGUGAGGCUUGACAAUGACAUUAAAGCUCUGGAGAGUAGAAAGAAGCAAAUGGAAAAGGACAACAAUGAACUAGAGCAGAAAAUGGAGAAGGUAUUUCAAGGGACUGAUGAACAGCUAAAUGAUUUGUACCAUAAUCACCAGAGAACAGUGAGAGAAAAGGAAAGGAGACUGAUUGACUGUCAGCGAGAGCUAGACAGAACAAAUAAAGAGUCUAAGCUGCUGAAUCAUGAAAAAUCAGAACUCCUUGUGGAACAAGGUCGUCUACAACUACAAGCAGAUCGCCAUCAGCAGAACAUCCGAGCUAGAGAUUCAUUAAUACAGUCUUUGGCAACACAUUUAGAAUUAGAUGGUUAUGAGCGAGCACCAUUUAAUGAACGACAAAUUAAAAAUUUUCAGAAGCUUGUGAAGGACAUAGAAGAAAGGGAAACAGAAACUAAUAGGCGAAUGAUGAAUGACUUUGCAGGAAAAGAAAGUAUGAAACAAAAACAGAUAGAUGAAAUAAGGGAUAAGAAAACUGGCCUGGAAAGAAUAAUUGAACUGAAAUUAGAAAUUCAAAAUAAGAAACAGACUGAACUGAAAAAUGUAAAAUAUGAACUGCAAGAGCUAGAGGGAUCUUCAGACAGAAUUCUUGAACUGGACCAGGAACUCGGAAAAACCGAACUUGAACUUGGUAAGGCAGAGGAAAACAGUAACAUAGCAGCACUGAAAGAAGAAGUACCAGCACUACUAAGGGAGAAAGGAGACCUGGACAGAAGCCUUCGUAAAUUAGACCAGGAGAUGGAACAAUUAAACCUACACACCAUGACGCGAACCCAGAUGGAAAUGUUGACCAGAGACAAAGCUGACAAAGAUGAACAAAUAAGAAAAAUAAAAUCCAGACACAGUGAUGAAUUAACUUCAUUGUUAGGCUAUUUUCCCAACAAAAAGCAACUUGAAGACUGGCUUCAUAGUAAAUCUAAAGAAAUUAAUCAGACAAGGGACAGACUUGCCAAAUUUAAUAAAGAACUAGCUUCGGCAGAACAAAAUAAAAAUCACAUCAAUAAUGAACUCAAGCAAAAGGAAGAACAGUUGUCCAAAUAUGAAGACAAACUAUUUGAUGUUUGUGGGAGUCAAGAUUUUGAAAGUGAUUUAGACAAACUAAUGGAUGAAAUUGAAAAGUCUUCUAAACAACGAGCAAUGCUUGCUGGAGCCACAGCAGUUUACUCCCAGUUUAUUACUCAGCUAACUGAUGAAAACCAGUCAUGUUGCCCUGUGUGUCAAAGAGUCUUUCAGACAGAGGCUGAACUACAAGAUGUGAUAAGUGAUUUGCAAUCCAAGCUACGCUUGGCUCCAGACAAACUCAAGUCAACAGAAUCUGAGCUGAAGAGAAGAGAAAAAAGGCGUGAUGAAAUGAUGGGUCUUAAACCAAUAAGGCAAAACAUAAUUGAUUUGAAGGAAAGAGAAAUACCAGAAUUGAGGAAUAAACUACAGAAUGUGAACAGGGACAUACAGCAUCUAAAGGGUGAAAUAGAAGAACAAGAGACUCUCUUAGGUACUUUAAUACCUGAAGAGGAAAGUGCUAAAGCAUGUUUAACAGAUGUUACUAUCAUGGAAAGGUUACAGAUGGAGCUUAGAGAUGUUGAACGAAAAAUUGCACAGCAAGCUGCUAAGCUACAAGGCGUAGAUUUGGAUCGAACUGUUCAACAAGUAAACCAAGAAAAGCAAGAAAAACAGCAUAGAUUGGAUACAGUCUCCAGCAAAAUUGAGUUGAAUCGUAAGCUUGUACAGGACCAGCAAGAGCAAAUCCAACACCUAAAAAGUACGGUCAAUGAACUUAAAUCAGAAAAACUUCAGAUAUCUAGUAAUCUGCAACGUCGACAGCAACUGGAGGAGCAGACAGUCGAAUUGUCCACAGAAGUUCAGUCCUUACAUCGAGAAAUAAAAGAUUCAAAAGAGCAGCUGUGUCCUUUGGAAGCCACGCUGGGAAAAUUGCAGCAAGAAAAAGAAGAAUUAAUUAACAAAAAGAAUACAAAUAACAGUGCAGUACAGGAAAAAUUAAAUGAUAUCAAAGAGAAGGUUAAAAACAUCUCUAGUUAUAUGAAAGACAUUGAGAACUAUAUUCAAGAUGGAAAGGACAGCUACAAAAUGCAAAAAGAAGCUGAACUCAAUAAAGUAAUAAGUCAGCUAAAUGAAUGUGAAAAACAAAAAGACAAGAUAAGUAAGGAAAUGGGAACAGUGAGACAAGACAUAGAUAUGCAAAAGGUGCAGGAAAGGUGGCUACAAGAUAACCUUACUCUGAGGAAGAGAAAUGAGGAACUGAAAGAGGUUGAAGAAGAAAGAAAGCAACACUUAAAGGAGAUGGGACAAAUGCAGGUUUUACAGCUGAAAAAUGAAUAUCAGACAUUAGAAGAAAAAAUAGAAACACUGAAAAGAAAUCACAGUUUAGCAUUAGGACGACAAAAAGGCUACGAGGAAGAAAUUCUUCAUUUUAAGAGAGAACUGCGGGAACCUCAGUUUUCUGAUGCUGAGGAAAAGUACAGAGAAAUGAUGAUUGUGAUGAGAACAACAGAACUUGUGAACAAGGACCUCGACAUUUAUUACAAGGCAUUGGACCAUGCAAUAAUGAAGUUUCAUAGCAUGAAAAUGGAAGAGAUCAAUAAAAUUAUUCGUGAUCUCUGGCGAAGUACCUACCGAGGCCAAGAUAUUGAAUAUGUUGAAAUUCGGUCUGAUACAGAUGAAAACGUAUCAGCUUCUGACAAAAGGAGGAAUUACAACUAUAGAGUAGUAAUGAUAAAAGGAGAUACAGCCUUGGAUAUGCGAGGACGGUGCAGUGCUGGGCAAAAGGUGCUUGCUUCUCUUAUCAUUCGCUUGGCCCUCGCAGAAACCUUCUGUUUGAACUGUGGCAUUCUUGCUUUGGAUGAGCCUACAACAAACCUCGAUAGAGAGAAUAUUGAAUCUCUUGCACAUGCCCUGGUGGAAAUAAUAAAGAGUCGUUCCCAGCAGCGCAACUUCCAGCUUGUUGUGAUCACCCACGAUGAAGACUUUGUGGAGCUUUUGGGUCGUUCUGAGUAUGUGGAGAAAUUCUACAGGAUUAGAAAGAACAUUGACCAAUGCUCGGAGAUAAUCAAAUGUAGUGUCAGCUCCCUGGGCUCUUAUGUUCAUUAAAGUCUUUCUAAGUAGCUCUCCCUUUGAGAGUGUCUGUAUUUUGAUGAGCAGGAAUGACAAGAACCUGCUAGUUGCCUCAAGCAGCCUGGGCCUGAGCUUCUGAACAUUUCUGUGUAGUUUGAGUGUAAUAAAAAUGACAAGUUUAAUUUUAAA